AGCAUGUGUAUAGCAUUCGGCUUGCAGGUCAUAUUUAGGGAGAAUACAAACGAUGUGUCCGUGCUCUCAAUGCUAAUCCUUUCUCCCGAGUUGCACAUUUGUCACUCGAUGAUUAUUCGUACCUUUUGUCACAUAGUUUGCGAGCUUUGCUUUGAUUCCUGGCUUGCUUAGUUCGUAGUUCAACGUUGAGCCAUCACUUGAAGUCCACCAUGACAGAUGUCCGUGCCCUGCUUAAAGCCAAACGCCAGGAAGCACGUGUAACCCAUCCACUUGCAUCUUAUACGACAACCGGACAAUUGCGAUGCUCCGUCUGCGGAACGAAUAUCAAGCAUGCAUCUGCUUGGGACGGUCAUCUUGGCAGCAAAGUACACCGUACGAACGUGUCUCGUGCUAAAGAAGAGGAGAGGGCUAGGGAACAGCAACAGGCUAUACAGGAGGCUAAAGUCACUAAAAGAAAGGCAGAUGAAGAUUCCCCUGGCGGAGAUGCAGCCAAGAAGCAGAAAAUUGAGCCUACUACCUCAACUACUCGUUCCAGCGCGUUUCCAUCAGACUUCUUCUCUGACCCGUCAAACGCACCACCGUCCCUUUCAGAUGAUUCGGAUGACGAAGAUGUCAACUUAUCUACAGUUACUCCCGCGAAGGAGUCGGGGCCACACGCUGCUGCCGUCACUCAACCAGAGCUUGACCAAGAGUGGAUCAAGUUCCAACAGACGGUGAUUAAUGUGCCCGAUACACGCGAGACAUAUGACCGGGCAACUGUAUUUGCGGAACCGGAUCUCGUUUCUGACGUGGCAGAAGGUUUCCCGCCCCUGCAGGGUGAGACGGAUCCUCCAGAAGUUGGGGCUAAAUUAGACCCGGACGAGGAAAGGCGGAGGAAGGAUCAGGAUGAAAGGGAAAUGAUCAUGGACCGCUUAUUGGAUGAGGAGAGGGCGCAAGAAGAGGCGGACAUGAAAGUCAGUGUAAUGAAAAGUAGGUUGGAGGCGUUGAGGAUGAAGCGAGAGGCUGCACGGACAAAGCCAAAAAUUGCGGUGUAGCAAGGUGUAAUAUGCCAUGAUUUAAUUGCAUGGCAUAUAUUUGGCAUCUACACAGUACUUACCGGUGCUCCAUCCGAACCUACAACUAUAUAGGCCUCGUCCACGCGCGCUUGUUCGCACAUGUAUUUUUAGCGCGGGCUAUCACUCAUCGCAAGUAAAUUCAGUGCACGAAUGAAGACUUCUACAUUCAAUCAUAGCUGGCACUGCUUACACGAGUAGAUCCACGAGCAGAUCGUCUCAAAAGCUAAUGCAAAUCGACUUUGACACGCCCGCUUCCUCCGUGAUACUUGGCUCAGAAAGUACGAAUUUCUUCGGUUUCCUCACAACAGAGUCACGUCUUCGGCCCUCUUCACCCACCCAUGAUGACAUUCCACCGGUAUAAAACUCAUUUGAAAUUGGAAUUCCCGAAUUCGUAGAUAUGUAA